AUGGGCGACUACUCCUCCUGGUUCUGCAUCUACAACCGACUCAACACGCCCCUGAAAUGGGUAAACCAGGCCGAGUACAGCGGGUGUUGGAAAGUGCAGCCCCCGAACGAAAUCCCCGGCCAUUCAACCAGCCGAUGGAUCCAGCUGAAAGAUAACUUUGGUGAUCCCCACCAUCACCUCUACCAAAACCUCAACUCCAACAACACUAACAAAGAGAUUGAUUCCUUGACUCAUACCCUCCAAAUCAAAAUCAAGUGUCCGACGGGAGGAGAACCGAAUUAUGCGCCUAUUUGGGUACCUAGUGAGGGGGCGAACCCGCCUUUGGCUACUGGGACUAGUGUUUCGCCUACUGGGCAACUUAUGACGGUUAUUGGUUUCAGUUGGAUGGAUGUGGAUGUGGAUGUUGUUGAUUUCCAUGGGUGGGAGUGGAUGGAAAUUGGCCAUGUCGUGAUACUCCAAGAGUUUGGUUUUGGCUUUGGUGAUUAUAAGUAUGCUUAG